GGGCGGGGCGGCGGCGAGGGGCGGUUCCGCGCCGCCGGCUCUUCCUGCCUGGCGCCCGCAACUCGGGGCUGAGAACUUGUGCCCGCACCCGCAGCGCCCCGCGGCUCCCGCACCGCGAACGGGCCCGCCCCCGCCUCCGCCUCCUCAGCCUCCGACUGCGGCCGCGCCGCCCCCCCUGCCGGCCGCCGGCCGCGCUUCGCCCGCUUUACAAAGGAGGGAAAAAUGAGCCGGGCGGCGGCGGCGGCGCGGCGCGGGGCCACCUCAGCGGCGGCGAGCGCGGCCGCCCCCGGCACCACGUAAAACACCCCCGCCCGCCCGUCCGCCCGUCAGCCCCGCCGCGGCCCAGGCCCGAGCAGAGCCUGCCCGGCCGCUCGCCUCCCGAGCCCUGCGCGUCGCCGCCGGCCGGGGAGGAGGCGGUGAGGAGGACGAGCCGGAGGCGCCGCCUUCCCGCGCCGCGCGCCCUCGCCGUUGUCUGCGCUCGGCUCUGGACCAGUUUGAGGGAAGUUGCCCGGGCCCCGCGUCGUCCAGAUGUGCGACCUCAUUGAGCCGCAGCCGGCCGAAAAGAUCGGCAAGAUGAAGAAGUUGCGGAGAACUUUGUCGGAGAGUUUCAGCCGCAUCGCUUUGAAGAAAGACGAUACUGCCUUUGAUGAGAUAUGUGUCACAAAGAUGUCCACACGGAACUGCCAGGGGAUGGACUCAGUGAUCAAACCCCUGGAUACAAUUCCUGAGGAUAAAAAAGUCAGGGUUCAGAGGACACAGAGCACUUUUGACCCGUUUGAGAAGCCGACGAAUCAAGUAAAGAGGGUGCAUUCCGAGAACAAUGCAUGCAUUAAUUUUAAGUCCUCCUCUGCUGGCAAAGAGUCUCCAAAAGUUAGGCGGCACUCUAGCCCCAGCUCGCCGACAAGCCCCAAAUUUGGAAAAGCUGACUCAUACGAAAAACUGGAAAAGCUAGGGGAGGGAUCCUAUGCUACAGUGUACAAAGGGAAAAGCAAAGUAAAUGGGAAGUUGGUAGCCCUGAAGGUGAUCAGGCUGCAGGAAGAAGAAGGUACACCUUUCACGGCUAUCAGGGAAGCUUCUCUGUUAAAAGGACUAAAACAUGCUAACAUAGUGCUGCUUCAUGACAUCAUCCAUACCAAGGAGACACUGACACUUGUGUUUGAAUAUGUGCACACUGAUUUAUGUCAGUACAUGGACAAGCACCCUGGGGGGCUGCAUCCAGAGAAUGUGAAGUUAUUUUUAUUUCAGUUGCUGCGAGGGCUGUCUUACAUCCACCAGCGUUAUAUUUUGCACAGAGACCUGAAACCACAGAACCUUCUGAUCAGUGACACGGGGGAGUUAAAGCUGGCAGAUUUCGGUCUUGCACGAGCAAAGUCCGUCCCCAGCCACACAUACUCCAACGAAGUGGUUACCCUGUGGUACAGGCCUCCGGACGUGCUCCUGGGCUCCACAGAAUAUUCCACCUGCCUUGACAUGUGGGGAGUCGGCUGCAUCUUUGUUGAAAUGAUCCAAGGAGUUGCUGCUUUUCCGGGAAUGAAAGACAUUCAGGAUCAACUUGAGCGAAUAUUUCUGGUUCUUGGAACCCCAAACGAGGACACGUGGCCUGGAGUCCAUUCUUUGCCGCAUUUUAAGCCAGAACGUUUUACCCUGUACAGCUCUAAAAACCUUAGACAAGCAUGGAAUAAGCUCAGCUACGUGAAUCAUGCAGAGGAUCUGGCCUCCAAACUCCUACAGUGUUCCCCAAAGAACAGGCUAUCCGCACAAGCCGCCUUGAGCCACGAAUAUUUCAGUGACCUGCCCCCGCGGCUAUGGGAACUGACCGAUAUGUCGUCUAUUUUUACCGUCCCAAAUGUGAGAUUGCAACCAGAAUCCGGAGAAAGCAUGCGGGCCUUUGGGAAAAACAGUAGUUAUGGGAAAAGUCUAUCGAACAGCAAGCACUGACCAGCACGGCGUUCUCGAGAGAGGGCAGAUCUACUCCACAUUAAAAUAUCUGGACUUUGUGACUUAUUGCCAAAUUAACCACCGACUGGAUCUUUCUUCUUAAAGUAAUUGGAUUAUUCUGUGGGCUGGGGACCCAGUAAGUUUAAAUAUAAUUGAAUAAACUGAUUCUGCGGGAAAAAUACGGAAGGAAAACAAUUAUCUUACUUGCAUUAAUUAGGAAUGCUCAGAUUGUUCUAUCUUGUGGAUGUUAAGAAUUUAAACCUCUCUAAACCCAAUGCCAACCUGCAUGGUACCUGUUUGUUUUUGUAUGAAUGUGUAAAAAUCAACAGCCCUAAAUGGUGGCAACAUUUAAAAUAUGCCUGAGGGGAAAAAAUGAGGUCCUUUCUUCACUGUGGCAAACAUUAUAAUCAUCCAGAGUUUACAAAUGCACACUUAACGAGCUUAUAGCACAUAAUUAAUUCUGCAAAGGAUGCUGUUCGGCAGAGUGGGAUUAUGAGACUUGCUUAUUACAGUGGCAGGAGAAAUAAAUCUAUUUUCUCUCGGUAAGGUAGGGUAUUCUUGUGUUCUUUAGAAACUGGCACAUCUCAGAGGUGUUGCUCUCAAAAUGAUCUCAGGAUGGAGAGAAAUCAGUAAUUACAGAGCUAGGCAUUCAGUUGUGUCCUAAUUUUCCCAUCAGUUUUUCAGUGUUUCAGCUGCCUCGGAGACUUGAAGUAUUCUCAUUAGGUAGCUGCAGAGGCAGCCGCUCUGCCCACUCCCUCAUUCUCUCACUCGCUUUUCCUUUUUUUUUCCCCUUCCAUUCCUGCCUUGGGAGUGACUGUGAAGAUCAUUUGCCGGAAUGAUUGGCAGGUUAGAGGAUUCGAUCAGAUGAGUUCCUCUUAGUGCAGGUCAAAAAGGCUAGUUAGCAGGAGCUGUCGAAAAAUGCCAGCAGCAUUCGAAAUGGGAAAUGUCAUGACUUCCAGGCAGGGGGUGCCACCUGCAACAGAAAGCCCUCAGCUCAUUAGCAAGUUACAGGAUGCUGGCUUAACUGGAGGGAGCAGGGAAGGAGAGAUAAUACCCAAUAGGGAAAAUGAUUGUGAAGUGGAAUUGAUUUCAUGUAUAAUUUGUUUAUCACUAGAGGGGACAAAUGCUGUCCUUCUGACAGGAGCGGAGGAGUGUGGACUAUGAAUGAAGCAACUUAGCAUAAUCUCCAGGUUGAGCUUUGGAUUUAAAGAGCGCAAACUUCUUUAUUCCCAACUGCAGAAGUGAUCAGGUCGUGUUACAUUAAUUAAAGCUGACAUAUUCUCGAAUGUUUUAUCUGGGCAGUUGUGGCAAUUCGACAGAAAUGGCUCGAGAUGGGCGACUUGAGAAAAUAAGGGAGAUUUUGCUUUUUUUCCCCCUCUGCUAGUAUGGAAGACUAGCUCAGUUGCAUACUGAAUUAUGGCAGGCUGGUGUUUAUAUUCAGUGGUUAGCUAGGCUGCACAAAUCAAACCAGGGCUCCUGAUUCACAUGCAGUCUCAAUGGUAGAGGAGACCAGAGGCCCUUUGGGAGAUUUACAUCUAUCUAAUCCAUGUUAAAAUACAUAUGUAUAUUUCAGAGUAUGACUGUAUCAUACUUUGAUACAAUGUGAAAAUUUUAACCUCUGAUUUUUUCUUAAAGGGGAAACUCUCCAAUUUCAUCACUGCCUAGAUGUCAGUUUUUGUAGAAUCUAAUAUUGUACCAUAAAUUCAAUAGUUUCCAAUAGGCUUAUUCACAGACAAAGCUAAAAAGGUGCCCUUAGCUUGUAAUUUGUAAACAGAGAACACAGUGGCAAAACAAAGGCGAUAUUGCCUAACGUGCUCCUUCUAGCUCCAUGUGUGUAGCUUUCAGGAGUGUACAGUGUAUCAAAUGGGCUUCAGCAUAAAGCCCCUUCCUACAUAAAUUCCAUCAGAAAGCGUAUUUUCUUUUGAUAAGAAACAUUUAUGAUAUCAUUCGUCUUUUGCACAGAGAUCUUCAUCUUGUUAUUUUAAGUCACAAAUGCCACAGCUGCAAGUCAUUCUGGCUGAACACGAAAGGAUGUUUACUUACCAUGUAGAUUCUGGCUAAAGCAUAUAUUUUAAAAAUGUGUUGCCCUGCGUUUUUCUUUCCCCUUAAAUAUUGAGACAUUUUAUGUGGCAGUUAUUAAAUAGCCAGGGCUUGUUUUAUCAAACAGCCUCAGACUACUGUCUACUGUGAAUAGGGAUCUUAAAGCCUCCCAGUCCAAACACUGGUGCAAAAUUCAUUCCAUUCUGUAUUCCGCAUAAAAAGCUUAGCAUUAAGCCACUGUAUAUAGCUGUCAAGAUAUACUGCAUUAGUUCUGUCAAAUCUAAAAAUUUAAACAUCAAUGUGAAUCCACUCAUCCCCUCAUUUGGGAAUUUGAUUGUGUGGUCCAAAAGCUGACCUUGGAGAGGGAAAGUUUUUUUUUUUUUAAUAAAAUCCCAAUUAAAUGGUUCACCAAAUGGGACGACCAUUUUAUUCUUCCACGGUAACUCAAUUUACUAAUUGCUGAGAAAUUUAUUAGAAAAGUAAAUUGUUAAACUGUUUUGAGCAAAAAUAUUGUCAUUUUUUUUCCCCAGUGAAAGACUUGAGGGUGGUGGUGUGCAAAUGGGUUUCCCAGUCUUUAGAAGGCGUGUCAGGAGAAGGCCUUCAUCUCUGGAGACAGCCAUAGCGGUGUGGCCUUGCACUGUGGGUAAGGAAUGGUGUGCUCUGUGCAAGCCUGACCUCAUCACCCACCCUCUCUCCAGUCUCUGCCCCCCGUUCAGCCUGAAGUCAGCCCCCUGUUCUCUAACUUCUUAGACCCUUCACUACUUUGUAUGCUGAAUUCAUCUCCUCGCCAAAGACUGAAACAAUCUCUGCUGCGUAUCAGCCCCUUUGUUGGAUGUUUACGCAAGAGUUCUUGUAUUUGGAUUGCACGGCUCACCGUCAGGUGUGUGAGUUCUCAGAUAAGGUCCCUCUGCUCCAAAGAAAACAAACAGGAUCCCGAUCCUUGUCCCUGGUGGCAGCAGGUCUCAAAGUGCGCCCUGCGGAUCCCCAGAGAUUCUCUGGGGUCAAAAGUAUUUUCUUUAAGUUUUUUUAAAAUUUAUUUACUUGACAGCUAGAGUUACAGACAGUGAGAUAGAGAGACAGAGAGAAAGGGCUUCCUUCCAUGGGUUCAUUCCCCAAAUGGCCGCCACAGCCGGAGCUAUGCCGAUCCGAAGCUAGGAGCCAGGUGCUUCUCCUGGUCUCCCAUGUGGGUGCAGGGCCCAAGCACUUGGGCCAUCCUCCACUGCCCUCCCGGGCCACAGCAGGGAGCUGGGCUGGAAGAAGAGCAGCUGGGACUAGAACCCUGUACCCAUAUGAGAUGCUGGCACUGCAGGCGGAGGAUUAACCUAGUGCGCCACCGCACAGGCCCCCGAAAGUAUUUUCACAACAGCACUACAUGUUCCUCACUUUCUCACUGUGUUAACCUCAGCACUGGUGGUGCAGAAGCAAUGGGGGCUACAGCUGGGGGCCCUUAAACAUGAAUCAAGGCUAUGGCCCCAGAGUAUUCUUCACCACCAUACAACUGCAAGUUUCUGAAAAAAGCCAGCUGCACGAAAUAAUGAUCUGAAUUAAACCUCUACCUUUGAGCAAAGGUCUUUUUAAUAUUCUGUGUGACUGAAAAGGGAGUACACAAAAGUCAUUCAUCACUAAGGUUAUCUCAGGGGAAAAAAUCUCUGCCGAUCUACAAGCCAAACUAGCUACCCCACAUAUGUCUUCUAUUCUUUUUCUUUUUAAAAAAUAUUUAUUUGCAAGGCAGAGUAACAGAGAGAGAGGAGGAGACAGAAAAAGAUUUUGUAUGCACUGGUCCACUGCCCAAAAACACAACAACAUCCAGGGCUGGGACAGGCCCAAGCCAGGAACCCGGAGCACCAUCUGGUUCUCCCGCAUAAGGCAUGGACUCUAGUACUUGGGCCAGAAUCCACUGUCUUAGUCCAUUAGCAGAAAGCUGGAUUGGAAGCAGAGUAGCUGGUACUCAUACUCGCAUUCUGAUACAGGAUGGAGGUAUUCCAAACUGCAGCUCAGCUCACUGUGUCACAAUGCCUAGCUCUCAUGUCUUACUUGAAAGAAUGACUGAUGAUAAGCUGUGACUAUUCGGGCUGUACGUAUUUGGUAGAUAUUUUCUCAAAAAUGAACAGAACAUGAGUCUGUUACCCAAGGAAAACAAAUGAUAGUAUUUGCUGCCAGUGAUAAACUUAGAGAGCUUUCAACAGAAAAUUAGAAUUUGGGGAAACUGAAAAAGUUACAAUUGGCCACUAUGAGUUUCCCAAAGACUUCUCUAAUGAGAAAUUGGUGAUAAUAAAAGCAAAUGUGACUUUUUCGAUAUUAUAGGAUUUGAAGGACCAGCACAACUCAUUGAAUUAAUGGUUUACAAAUAUUGUUAGAAAAACCAUGCAUGGAUGAAACAUUCACUGAAAAUGUAAAAUAAACCAGUAGAUUUUAAAGUAACAAAGGAUUCAUUAGAAUAGUAUCCAAUCCCCCAAUGCAACUAACCUUUAAGAAACUACCACUGUUGAGUUUUGUUGUAAUAUAAAAGGUUAUAUGUAUCCAUGGCUAGCUGAAAGGGCUAUUAAGAUGCUUCUUUUUUUUUUUUCCAAUAUCUAUAAGAGGCUCAAAUUUUUGUCUUUUGCUUCAGCCAAAUCAACAUGUUAACACAGAUUGAAUGCAUGAAUACAUAAGAGAAUCUAGGUCCUCUGUUCAGCCAGCCAUUGAAACAAUUUGCAUAAUUUUAAAGCAAUGCCACCUGUCUCACUAAUUCCAUUUUGAAAAUGUAGUUAUUUUGUUAAAACAAUGUUUUGUGUUAGUAGGUAAUACUUUUUUUUAAGAUUUAUUUAUGUAUUUGAGAGGCAGAGUUACAGAGAGAGGGAGAGACCGAGUAAGAGGUCUUCCAUGCACUGGUUCAUUCCCCAAAUGGCUGCAAAGGCCUGCGCUGCGCUGAUCCAAAGCCAGGAGCCAGGAUCUUCUUCCAGGUCUCCCGCGUGGGUGCAGGGGCCCAAGCACUUGGGCCAUCUUCUGCUGCUUUCCCAGGCCAUUAGCAGGAAGCAGAAUCAGAAGUGGAGCAGCCAGGACAUGAACCAGCACCUAUAUGGAAUGCCUGCCCUACAGACAGAUUUGACCUACUAUACCACAUUGCUGGCCCCCAGUAAUGAGUUUAAUUAAACAUUUUGAAAAUAACAAUUUUAAUUUUGAAUAUAGUAAACACCAAUAGCUGUAGUGCAUAUAAGCAAAGCUCCUUGGCAGUUCUCUAUAACUUAUUAGAGUCUAAGGAAUUUUCAGACCACAAAGUGGCUCAGGCACUGUGGCUCCACAGGUUAGGUUGCCAGAUGCAACACCUUCAUCCUGUAUAGUAGCACUAUUUCAGGUCCUUGUUACUCUGCGCUUCCAGUCUACCUUCCUGCUACUGUGUGCAGCAGCGGAUGAUGAACUUAGUAUUUGGAUUCCCAUCACCCACACAGAGCACUAGAGGAUGGAAGAUCUCUUCUCUCUUCUCUCUUCCUUUCUCUUCCAUUCCCUUCUCCUUUCUUUUCUCUCUCUCCCUUCCAGCACUCUGCAAAUAAGUAAAUAAAUCUCUCUCUUUUUUAAAGAAAAUAAGACCAGAAAGUAUAAGAACUUCCAUAUCA